GAGCUAACUCUUGGCGGUCCGCAGGAUUGACAGUGGUCGUUGGGAAGGGACAAAUAGAGAAAAGCAGGGAUUGGAAAUGGGAAAUGGGAUGGCCCUUGGGGGAGCCCACCCGGAGAGAGGAGCCUGCGAGGGCGCUGUGGGUGACCAAGAGACAGGCCUCGAGAUGGGCGGGGCCUUUCCUCUGACAAUCCCCGUGCCUGCCGUUCCCGCAGCGGUACCUUUUCCUGCAGCACCUGCGGGAAGAGGCGGGAGGAGGGCUUGGAGGAGCGGGAGCGGUGCCCUCGCGGGUGGGAGGGAAACAGGCACUCGUGAGCACUGCUGCCACCUAGUGGGAAACGCCUGUUAUUUCUCCCGGCUCCCAACCCCAGGGUCGUCCUCAGCUGAGCACUAAGGGUCGUGAAUUUGGGGACCCUUGAAUUUGGGGACCCAAAGCAGGGGGGAGCCUCAGAGAGGAAAAUGCACAGCCCUGGGAAGUGUGCGUCGCCCACAUUACUUUGCCCCUCUGCGCCUUGGUUCCCUUGUCUGUGUAAUGAGGACAGGCUAGCUGUGAUGGGUAAGGGAGGCCAUGCAGAGAGUGGAUUCCGGGGGUAACUGGAGGUGUUUCUCCCUGCCCCCCACCCCAGGAAAGACCGUGUUGCUCUACAAAGGCAGCUCUCCUUAGUCCCAGCUUCCAGCAAGCUUGCCCCCAAGUCCUUCCUAUUUCUAAAUGUUGGGGCUGCCCCUAUUACUGUUUUAUCAUUGACAUCACCCCAAUCAAAGGAUGAAGGCCCUGGGGGAGACGAGGGGGUGGUCCCAAAGUGUCCUCUUCUGAUGUGGGGACUUGGGGGGAAGUUCCCAGCCCCCAGCACUUUCUCUCUCCCCUCACCCCAGAGCUUAUGCUCAGAACGGCCCAAGGCUGUGACAUCACAGAGCCCCCACCCCUGUCACAGGAGUGGAAGGGUCAUGAGGCUGUGGCAGUGGGCGUGGGCAUGGGUGUGGCUGGUUGGGCUGGGGGCCAUAGAAACAGCACCCAGCCGGGAGCGGGCCAGCACCUCGGUCCGGGGAGCAGGGUCUCUGCUCUUCAUAGACAGACCCGACUUCUUUGAUUACCCAGACUCAGACCAAGCCAGGCUCCUGGCUGUGGCCCAGUUUAUUGGAGAGAAACCUGUCAUCUUUGUUAACUCAGGAUCCAACUCCGAGUUCUUCCAUCACAUCCUGGUGGGCGCUCUGGUAGUAGCCUUCCUCUUCCUCCUUUACCAGUUCUGCACACACAUGAGCUACCAGAAAGGGGCCUGAGGAGCCGGACAAGGGCCCUGGACUCUGCCCUGAGUGCCCA